UUUGCUCAUUGUGACAUUCCGAAUAGAACGACUAUUGUACGGUUACAUACAGCGGGAAAUGAAUUGUAUUUCUAUGAACAUGCAAAGCUCAAAUUAUGUGAUAAAUAACUCACUCAUCUAACGUUUGGGAUAAUAAACUUUACGAAGGUUCACCCAACAUGAUGUGGCUAAAAUGUACCAGGUCGGCAAUCGUUGUGUCUCUGCGGAUAUGUCAUCAUGACAACCUAGUGAUGCUAAGGCCCCACAUCAGAAAUGUUUCUCAGCACUCCUCCUACCUGGACACUAGAGAUCACACCACUCGGCCUCUGUGCUCCAGGUCACAUACCUCCUGCACACUGGCUCUUGGUCUUCAACCCAGAAGAACUGUAACCACAGAUCGACUGAGCUGGUAUGAGAGGUUUGCAGACUCAACCCCUGUGUGCCUGACAGAGCAGCUUCUAGCAUCCACACAGCAGAUGAUGGGACUGCCCUGGUGGGCCAGCAUCAUGUGUACUACACUGGCCCUGCGUACUGCCAUUACUCUCCCACUGGGCAUCUACCAGACGAUCAUCAUUGCAAAGAUUGAAGCUCUGCAGAAGGAGAUAGCCGAGUUAGCCCGCCAGUUGCGCUUUGAGAUCUCUGUGAAAGCCAAAGAAAAGGGCUGGUCAGAGAAAACAUGCAGGUUCCAUUUUAAGAAAAAUCUGAAACGAAUUGUGUCUGAGCUGUAUGUUCGUGAUAACUGCCACCCAUUCAAGGCCAGUUUGCUGAUCUGGGUACAGCUGCCCAUGUGGGUGUGUCUGUCUCUGGCCUUGCGAAACCUCAGUCUGGGAAUGGGACAUGUUCCCCUUGCAUCAGAGCUGACAACAGGAGGCGCUCUGUGGUUCUCAGAUCUCACUCUCCCUGACUCUACCUGGAUCAUGCCGGUUUCUCUUGGCCUCAUUAACCUGCUCAUCACAGAGAUCUUCGCCCUGAGACAACUAGAACCAUCAAAGUUUCAGAAAUAUGUGACCAACUUCAUCAGAGGAUUAUCUCUGGUGAUGAUUCCUAUAGCCGCCACAGUCCCGUCAUCCAUGUCUCUCUACUGGCUCAGCUCGAGUUGUGUUGGAUUAGGUCAUAACCUGCUCAUGAGGUCCCCUCGUUUCCGGAGUGUCUGCCGAAUCCCUCCAACACGCUCCGACUCUGACACUCCAUACAAGGACAUCGUUGCUGCCUUUGUGGCCAAGUACAUCAAAUAGAUGGAUGUGAGAGAAGCAAAUUAGAGCAUCGACACAUCAGAAAUUUUUAUGUGGCCAAAACAUGGAUUUCUGUAGCUGGGGUGGCAAAAUGCAUACAACAUGAAACUGUCAACAGAGAUGUAUGGCAACACAGACUACAACCUUUCUGCCAGAAAUCUUUAUAUGUUGAUGUAAGAAAGUGACAGGAUGCCUCCAAAGAUUAACACAAUGAUUUUAAAGAUAUAAAAAAUUACAACUUUGGGAAAUUGUAGUUUGUAUGGAC